UCAGUUGGUGACUGGUCCCUGUUUUUAUGUGGUUUAGUUUUUAUUAAGGUGGACUCAUUUUCAGAGGAAUAAUAAAGAUGAUUAAACACAUGAUUCAGCAUGCGAAGAAACAUCCAGGGUUAAUCCCUCAGUUUUUCUUCAUGACUCUGGGAUUCUCGGGGGCCAUGCUCUACCUGAUCCGACUGGCAAGAGGGCCCCAUGUCACUUUCUGGGACAAAAAGAGUAACCCUGAGCCCUGGAACAAGCUCGAUCCGACCUAUCAGUACAAGUUUGUUGCCGUCAACACAGACUACAAGAGCCUGAAGAAGGACAGACCUGACUUCUAAAGGUCCUCCAUGGAAGAAUGGGACGGCAAGUUCAGCAGGACCUCCUCCUCCAGCUGUCACCUCACCUCAUGUGAAACCUUAUACACAAAUUAACCCUGCCUGUACCUUUGCAACAGAUACUCUUAACUAAUGUGGAAAAAAUAUAUAUAUUAAAAGAUCACAUGAUGCUAUGCAUGGUUCGACUUUAAUCUGCUUUAUUUUGUUGUACGGAACCAAUCGGAUGGUAUUUCUGGAUGGCAGGGUCCAUAUUUUCCAGUGCUUUGGAUAUUUUAUCCUGUAUUAUAUUAAAAACUCUGCACCUUUGA